AUGGACCAGCAGCAGCACCUGGAGCUUUCUAAGCAAAAGGCCUCGAAGCCCAGGUUAUCGUGGCUCGGGGCCUUCCCGGAGCAAGAUGAGAAUGAAGGGGAUGGGGAAGUCAAAGUGGCCGGGCAGCUGCCUGCCAGGCCGCCGUCCACCCCUGUGCCUCCUACAGCCAGCUGCCCUGGGGCGGGUAAAUGCUUCGUAUCCCUGGCUGCACGCGGUUGGAGAUCUGCGCCCUCGGCCACAGGAGCCAUGUUCUUUUCUUCCCAGGGUCAACCGCCUGUGCGGCCCAUCACCGGGCUGCCUGUAGUUCUGCGGGCAAAGCACUCAGUAGAGACAGCGCAACAGAAGUAUGAGGAUGAUGCCCGCUACCAGGCCAAAUGUGGCCGGCCACCUAAUACAAGCUACCUGUGGAGCAGAAAUGGCCAAAGCCUCUCAGAAGGUGACAGGCUGAAGCUGUCUGAGGACAACAGGACUCUCACUUUACUCAGUGUUGUGAGGAAUGACACAGGAGAUUAUGAGUGUGAAACCCGGAACCCAGUGAGCACCUCCCGAAGUGACCCAUUCACUCUGAAUAUUACUUAUGGUCCAGAUGUCCCGAUUAUAUCCCCCUCAGAUACUCAUUUUCAUUUAAGGACAAACCUCAGCCUCUCCUGUCAAGCAGCCUCUAACCCACCCGCACUGUACUCUUGGUUUGUCAAUGGAGAGCUCCUGUCAUCCUCCCAAGAGCUCUUUAUCCAAAACAUCACUACUAAUAACGGUGGAUCCUAUACCUGCUUCGUCUAUAACUCUGUCACUGGCCUCAAUAAGACCACAGUCAAGUACAUUGAAGUCCUUGAGCCAGUGACUACACCCUCCAUCCAAAUCAGCAACACCACAGUCAAAGAACUGGACUCUGUGUCCCUGAACUGCUCUUCAAACGACACUGGGAUCUCCAUCCAUUGGCUCUUCAAUGGCCAGAAGCUGGGGCUCACAGAUAGGAUGAAGCUGUCCCUGGACAACAGCACCCUCACCAUAGACCCUGUCAAGAGGGAGGAUUCCGGGGAGUAUCAGUGUGAAGUCUCCAAUCCAGUCAGUUCUGAGAGGAGUGACCCCAUCCAGCUGGACAUAAUAGGUGAGUGA